AUGGCCUUUAAGGAUGCCGGAAAGUCGCCCGUGGAACCGGAGGUGGUCAGCCACAGAAUCCGGAUCACCCUCACCAGCCGCGACGUGAAGUCCCUGGAGAAGGUGUGUGUGACUUGUCAGAGGAGUCAAGGACGAGAACCAGUUCGCAUGCCCACCAAGACACCGAGAAUAACUACAAGGAAAACACCUUGCGGUGAAGAUUCCAAGACAUGGGAUCGCUUCCAGGUGAGAAUCCACAAGCGACUCAUUGAUUUACACAGUCCCUCUGAGAUUGUUAAGCCGAUUACUUCCAUCAGCAUUGAGCCAAGAGUGGAGGUUGAAAUCACCAUUGCAGAUGCCUAAGUCAAUUAUUUGAAUAAACUGACUUACU